GUGAGAGAAACGAAACGAAGCCCUUUGCUUUGACCACAGUAUACUUCUAUAAUUUUAAAUUUUAGUAACUUUCUUAUUAUCUAUCGUAGUGAAAUACCGGCGCGUGUUGCUUUAACUGCUUAAAUGCGCAUGUGAUUAUUUCUGUGUUGCUGAAGGCGUGUCGCGCAUAAUGCUUAACGUUAGAGAUCUCAUAUGAUUUAUAUUGUCUUCACUAAGAUUAUAUCAAUGACAGAUGGCUGGACAAAACUCUGAAAUCGAGCUUGAUUUGAUCAAAACUGAAGAGAGAAGCUCAUUUGUAAAAGCUGGAGCGGAGGUGUCCAGCAAAGCAACAGGGAGGCUCUCACCCAUUCCUGAACUGGAUCCCUGGGAGAGAGAAGCAGACACUGACUCUACAGAAUUCACUUACUCCUUAUGCUCAGUGGACAGGUACAGCACGGCCGGCUCCUCCAGCAGCUCCCUGUCUGACUCCCAGGAGAGAGGAGAGCUCUGUGCCGGGAUUGUACUGAAUUGUCUCUUCUGCCGAUUCUAUGACCUGUUCCUCAUGCUACCUGAAACAUGCGAGCGAGCUGCUAUCUCCAUCUGCCCUACCUACAUGCUUUUCUCUCCACCUGCGGAACCUGCGCACACCAACUGGAACUGCAGUUGUGAUUUUGACUGUGGACUUAGGGACAUCUGCCAUGAAACGGGGGAAUGCCUUGAGCUAGCAAUGGAAAUUUCGGAGGUCUGCUAUCGCUAAGGUGCCUGCAAAACUGAAGACGUCAAGGUUGCUUCGUUGGAAGAACACUUUACAAUUUCGUGUCACUUUGCAAAUUUUGUAUCAAAGAACACUACAGUCUAUGCCAAAGCAAGCUAAUAGAUGCACAUUUAGAGGUAGUAUAAUCAAAUAAAAAAUAUAUAUAAACAUAAACAUGACAUCUAAAGCUACUAUAAGUGAUUUCACAUGAAAUUGCUAGUACUUUUCCCAUCUUCCAUAGUCCGAACCCUAAAGUCACGCCAUUGGUUGAAGUGCUAGAGAAGCGCCUCCAAGUUUUCUGAUUGGUUAAGGUGAGUCGCUUUCUCUUAAAUAACACAAUACCUCCUGUUAAAAAGGCUGUCUAAAUGGAUAGUUCACCCAAAAAUUAAAAUUCGUAAAAAAAAACCUCAACAUGCCGAAGCUCAAUGUUCACUUAACGUGCAAGAACCUAUGAGGCUCAUUCUCAUGUUAUGCUGCAAGUUUGAGUUUCCGGAAGAGGUUUGUUCUCGCACGUCAAGCAGGAUCGGUCGAGCUUCAGUUUAUGUUUGCUGAUCAAUGUUUAUGUGAAAAAUA